AUGUUACCCUCACGGACUGCGGUGCGUCUCGGUGCCAGAUCGACAUCAGUCCGAUUGGAGCCUCCACGACGCUUCAGGCACCGCCUUGUCCCGAGCAAAUUUCUCUCCGUCUCCGAGGAGGUUCGUCAUGCAGUUGCCACGGGGAAGCCCGUCGUAGCUCUGGAAUCGACCAUUUACACGCAUGGAUUCCCGUAUCCCGAGAGCGUCGCUCUGGCCCAGCUGCUCGAAUCCGCCGUGAGAACCAAUGGCGGCAUUCCCGCCACCAUUGGGAUUCUCAAUGGCGUCGCCCGGGUUGGCCUGUCGGCAGAGGAGCUCAUUGAGCUGACCUCGACGGCAGAGACCAAAAACGCCUGGAAGGUGUCCCGAAGAGAUCUGGGGUACAUCUGCGGCCUGGGAAUGGCGGGGAAACGACUGCACGGUGGCACCACGGUGUCAGGUACCAUGAUCCUCGCUCAUAUGGCUGGUAUCCGGGUCUUUGGAACCGGUGGUCUUGGCGGAGUUCACCGUGGUGGCGAGAAUUCCAUGGAUAUUUCCGCCGAUCUCACCGAGCUGGGACGAACCCCCGUGGCGGUCGUGAGCUCCGGGUGCAAGAGCUUCCUUGAUAUCCCCCGGACGCUAGAAUACCUCGAAACCGAGGGUGUCUGUGUAGGGACCUUUGCAGACGGCCGUGAUGGCCCAGUGGACUUUCCCGCCUUCUUCACCCGCGACAGUGGAAUCAAAAGUCCCAAGGUCAUCCAAAACGAGGCCGAAGCGGCGGCCAUUAUCUAUGCCCAAUCCCGGCUUCCCCUCUCCUCGGGAAUGCAUUUUGCCAACCCCGUGCCGGUAGAACACUCCAUUGACAAACUAGAAAUGGACGCCAUCAUUGAAGAGGCAAUCCGCCAAGCCGAUGCAGAGGGCCAUCGUGGCAGUGACAACACACCCUUUGUAUUGUCCAAAAUCAAGGAACUCAGUGGUGGCAAGAGUGUGGAGGCCAAUCGCGCUUUAGUCAAGGCAAACGUCAAGCGCGCUACCAUGGUGGCGGUGGAGCUGGCCAAACUGGAGCAGUCUGAAGACACUCUCAAUGAACGACAUAUGCCCGCCAUUCCCCGCACGGUGCAAGCUGACCAGGCCACUCCAGAGGCAGAGCGGGACCCGCUCCACUCGAUCACUGAAGAGCUCGACAAAGCUGACGUUCUCGUUGCUGGCUCUCUUGCUAUCGACCUUUCCUGUGACUACGCUUGUACAGGAGAGACGUCCAAGACCCCGGCCCCCCACACGUCGAACCCAGCGGUAAUCUCGCAGAGCCUGGGAGGCGUGGGCCACAACGUUGCCAUCGCCUCCCACUACCUGGGAAGCUCCGUUCUUUUCUGCAGCGUUGCUGGCGAUGAUCUGAGUGGCCGGGCGGCGCUGUCAACCCUUCGCACGGAGGGCCUCACCUCCCAAGGUGUCCAGAUCCUCCCGGCCUCGGCCGGAGCCCGGACGGCGCAGUACGUUGCCGUAAAUGAUGCGUCCAAGGAUCUGGUGGUGGCCAUGGCGGAUAUGGGCAUCAUGGAGCUACCCGAGUCAGCGCUGGAUUUCGACGGUUUCUGGGAGCCCAUGGUCGCACGCACGAAGCCGCAAUGGGUGAUCGUCGAUGCCAACUGGAACCCGGAGGUGCUCGCCAAAUGGGUCACCGUGGCCCAAAAAUACGGGGCGCGGGUGGCUUUUGAGCCCGUCUCCGCGGCGAAAAGCCGCCGUCUUUUCGGGAAGGCCACGGCAGCCAUCCGACCAUCUGCCUGUGUACCCGACCAUAGCAUCAGUCUCGCUGCGCCGAAUCAGUAUGAGCUCGCUGCCAUGUACAUGGCGGCGCGAGAGAACGACUUGCUGGACUCUGACGGCUGGUGGCGGAUCGUCGACGCGAUGGGCAUGUCCGCGUCAGGAUCAAGCGACCGACUCGUGGCGACGACGUCAGCCUCCCUCGUGAGCCAGGGGAUCCCGCAGCAAAGCGUCCAGCUCCUCCCACUCAUCCCUUGUAUCCUCACCAAGCUGGGCUCGCAAGGAGUGCUCGUCACGCAGCUUCUCCGUCCCGGCGAUGCGCGUCUCACGUCGCCGGAUUCCACACCGUACAUACUCGCUCGGGCCCCACCUACGGAUGAGGUGGUUGGGGGCGUGUAUAUGCGGUUGUUCCCACCGGCGGCGGUGCUGGCGGAGGAGGAGAUUGUUAGUGUCAAUGGGGCGGGCGACACACUCCUGGGGGCGGUGAUCUCGGGAUUGGCGCGGGGGGAGAGCAGAGUUGAGGAGGUGAUUCCUCUGGCGCAGGAGGCGAGUCUGCGUACGUUGAAGAGUGCAGGGGGGGUCAGCGGGGAGAUUGUUCAGCUACGACCUAUACUUUGA